UUACUCGUAGUUCUGGUUACAUUCAUUUUUAUUUUUUAAGUGUUAACGAGUUUACGAAUUCUUUAAAAUAUGAACUGGUGUUGUGUUUUUGGAUCUUGACUUUGUAUUGUGUAACAUGAAUGUUCCUUUAUGAGUUUAUGUGUAUUUCUUUUGUUAUUUAUUUUACCAAUACUAAAUAAUAACUAUAGACUUUUAAAGUUAUAGUUGUGAAUCAAGAUUGAAGACUCAACACUAYACUUCCAUAAAUUAUCAAUUCAAAAUUGUGUAAUGAUUUUUCAGRAUACGUUGAUCAAUAUUCAAUAGCUCAAUAGAUACCAAUUGAAUAUAUUUGMUCUAUUUACUGUUAUUUGUUCGUUUAUUUGAAUAACUGACACUAUGGGUGAAAUCAUAUCAGACCAAGAGCUACGUCGUCGUUUGUUGGCAUUCAAUGCAGUGGUCCCUCCAGUUACCAGUACUACCAGGAAUUUGUUGUUGAAAAAGCUUGCAAGUCUCGAAGGUGGACAAUCAGGAAAAACAGCCACUUCUAGUAUUAUGCCACCGCCAAAAUUAAGGAGUUCAGCUAAUGCCGCUAAUGGUACCAAUGAGUCAAUUAUGAUAUCGUCUUCUGUGGAUGGAAAAAAUUCGCAACAUAGGACAUUUGAUAGUAUGAAUAGUCCCAGAAAAAGUGCACGUCAACAGCGAAUAUACAAAGCACCAGAUUUAUUUGAUAACUCAGAUUCUGAAGCUGAUACUGGCUCUCUAGGACGAUCCAUACUACCGGCCAAUCCAUACAUAGCUAGUUCUUCUCCUAAAUCAAAUGAAACAUCUUUAAUGAAUGUAUCCAACUGGAAAAAUUCAUAUGACCAUCAAAGCGCAUAUGUGUCACCAGAAACAAAAAAUUAUUCUGGCAAAGAACAAGAAAUACCAACUGAGAAAAUAACAUCUAGACUUUUUGACUCUAAAGUUAUUAAAACAUCAACAGAAGGGACUAGUCAACAACUACGCUCAAGUUCUGUUUCCAAAACUCAAUCACAUGCCGAUCAAGCAAUACAAAGGUGGAAAGAAAAAAUGAUGAACCAAUCACAGGAAAAAAAUACUGUAUCAAAGCCUUCACUAUUUAAUUCACCAUCUCCUAUUUCAAAAAUAACCUCAAGAAGUUUAAGGAAAAACUAUCAAUCUGGACAGCAAAAAAGUCUGAUCAAUUACACAAAAAACACUCGACAUAUCAUCUUUCUUUUUGUUGGAUUUUUUUCAAUAAUUUUUGGAUUGUACUUCAUUUCAAUACAGCCAACUACAACUGUAUUGCCACCAGGUAUAUUAAGCUCGUUGUGUGCAAAAAAAGGUCUCCAAGGAGAUAAUUGUGAUACAGAACAAGAAAAAGUACAACGUUUGUAUAAUUCAUUAGUAUCACAGGUACAAGAUAAAUACAUAAAGAAUCAAUGUGACAACUCAGAUAUUGAACCAAUUGUAAAUCCACAAACUGUAUUUGAAUAUAUUUCCACCCAUGAAAAUUUACCAUCCAGGGAAAUCGAAGAAUUAGUUGAACUUUUUAAAAGCAUUGCAAAAACUUAUUCUGAUUCGCCAAUUGGAUAUGACACUUCAUUUAAAGUCAAUGUACAACCAAAUUUGCCAAUGUCCUGUGCAGUAAAACACAUUUUUUCCAACAUGUUCUAUCUAGUUACAUGGCUUGGAAUCG